AGAAAGAUGCCGCUUCUCCAUAAGAAGCCGUUCGUCAGACAGAAACCCCCAGCCGAUCUCAAGCCAGAUGAAGAAGUUUUCCUUUGCAAAGUCACAAAUGAAAUCUUCAGGACGUAUGAUGAAUUCUUUGAGAGGACCAUACUCUGUAACAGCCUGGUAUGGAGCUGUGCUCUGACUGGAAAACCUGGCCUGACCUAUCAGGAGGCCCUGGAGAGUGAGAAGAAAGCUAGACAGAGCCUUCAAAAUUUCCCCCCUACGCUGAUGGUUCCUCUGCUCCACCUCACAGCCCUCACGCACCGCAACCGCCUGCACGACCUCUGCGAUGACGUCUACGCGUAUGUCAAGGAAAGAUUCUUCCCUGGGGAGAUAGUGGAUGUAGCAAACCGCUCAGGAGCCAGACAACCGUGUAAGAUCUUGGAAGUGCUCCCCCCUCAGCCCAACGGCACAGUCAACGGGCACGUGAAGCAGCGGAUGGAGGGAGACUCUAUCGUCAUCAGCGACAGUGACGACGACAGCAACCCCAUGUCUCCCAAAACCCCUGUUUUAGCCCACAACGGGAGCAAAGCACCGCUGAGCCCGUCUGUGUUCAAGUAUAAAGUUCUUCCACUCAAACCAGAGGGCUCCAAGCCCAUGAUGGUCAAAGCUGCUCAGAUGAACCGUAAGAAGAACGUUUUUAGUCGCGACCGACUGAAGCUGCUUCUCAAACAGCACUGCGAGUCCCUGAACGGGACAGUCAGACUCAAGCCGUCAGUUGUAGCAAAAUAUAAGUUGACUGAACAGAGCUUCUCUCAGUUCUUCCCUGAUGAGGCCCCCGUCUUUGCCUUCAGUCCUCCUGGAAAGGGCCGAGGUCGGCGGCCCAAUGAUGCCUCUCCCGGCCAGGUUUCAUAUUUAACUGAAAAAUUCCGUCUGAAGCAACACAGAGAGGAGAUGAUGGCAAUGGCCAAAGCCAAGAAAGAAAGAGAGGAUUUGUGGGAGGCCAAAAAGAAGGAAAAGGAAGACCGGGAGAGGAAGAAAGAAGAGUUGAAGAGGCUGCUAGAGGAGGAGAAACAGAAAAGGAAGGAAGAGAAGGAGCGAAUGAAGGUGGAGAAAGAGAAGGAGCGGGAGAAACUCCGAGAAGAAAAGAAGAAAUAUGCAGAGCGAAUGAAGUUGUGGAGUAAACCUCGAGAGGACAUGGAGUGCGAUGACCUCAAAGAGCUGCCGAGUCCUGUCCCAGUGAAGACUCGUUUACCUCCCGAGUUGUUCGGCGACGCUCUGAUGGUGCUGGAGUUCCUACAGGCGUUUGGUGAACUCUUUGACCUGAAGGACGAGUUUCCUGAUGGUGUCUCACUGGAGGUGCUGGAGGAGGCCCUGGUCGGAUGUGAUCCUGAGGGUCCGCUCUGCGAGCUGCUCUUCUUCUUCCUCUCUGCCAUCUUUCAGGUCCUCGCCGAAGAGCAGGAGGAAGUGGCCCGUGACCAGGUUGCUGAGGCAGAUGCCAAAGAUUUGAGUGAGGCCCUGGAUGACGAUGCUGAUCCCACACAAUCUGCCAUUAGUGCUGUAGCAGCAUUAGCUGCUGCCUGGCCCCAGUUACACCAAGGCUGCAGUCUGAAGCAGCUGGACCUGGACAGCUGUACUCUGUCUGAGAUACUGAGACUACAUAUCCUGGCGUCAGGAGCAGACUGCAGCUCCACCAAUGCCAAGUUCCGCUACCAGAAACAAGGCGGCUUCAGCUCGACCGACGACCCGUGUGUGGAGCUGCGGUUGUCCAACCCCAGCCUGCUGAAGAGACUGGCCUGCACGGCUGUCUAUGACCUACUGCCUGGGGAGAAGCUGAAGAUCCUACACGCUCUCUGUGGGAAGUUGUUAACGAUGGUUUCCACGCGCGACUUUAUCGAGGACAGCGCAGACGAACAGAGGCAAGCCAAACAAGAACUGCGUGAACUCAAAGCUGAGCAGCAUCGCAGAGAGAGGGAGGAAGCUGCCAACAGGGUACGUAAAAGGAAAGAAGAGAAGCUGAGAGAACAGGAAUUGAAAUUAAAAGAGAAACACGAGAAACUCAAAGAGGAGGAAGCAAGAAACGGCUCCCAUUUAGCAGGGUAAGACAUGGAUACCAGUACGGAAAGUCAGGAGGGACACACAGAGCAGCACACUGAGGAUGAAGAAGAGUCUACGCCCCAGAGCAAGGCUAAAAAAUCUAAGAGCGCCAGUCCAAAAGAGAAGCCAGUGGACGUGAAGGAAGGCCUGAGCCCAGAAGAGCUCCAACAACAGCAACAGAGGGAGAAAGAGCUGCUGGAACGCAUCCACAAACUUGCCCCCUGCACCUACAUCCUUCCGCUGGGUCGCGACCGCCUCUACCGUCGCUACUGGCUCUUCCCCUCCGCGGGCGCGCUCUUCGUGGAGGACGACUACUUCGGCCUGACCGAAGACAUGCUGGAGCCACGACCCACUCCGGAACCCAAGGCUCAGGAGUUUCCCCCCGCGGAGAGCCCAGCCAAACCCGAGGACCUCCCCCGAGAACCGGACCCGGUACACGUCUCCGGGCCCCCGGUGAACAGACCAAACCUCUGGGCUUUCUACAACACGGUGGAGGAGCUGGAGAAGCUGAUCCAGGCCCUGAACCCAAGAGGUCACAGGGAAAGCUCCCUCAAAGAGGCCCUCCUUCAGGAGAAAGAACGACUCACUCACCUACUGGAUGGAAAGUCCACAGCACGCUAUCGCUACUCAGGUAUGUCACUUUCGGAGAGCAAAGCGUGCUCCAUGAAGACAAAGGGCAGCCUUCCUCUCCCAGAAGGCACUGCUCCUGCCGAGCACCACAUGGAGCAUCGUCUCAGGGACCUGCUGCUGGACAUUGAGGACCGCAUUUACCAGGGCACACUGGGGUCUGUGAAGGUGAUGGAGAGAAGCUCAUGGAGAGCAGCACUAGAAAACGGAAACUAUGAACUACUGAGCCCUGACCUCAAAGAGAACGGGGCGACCAAGAUGGUGAACGGUGACAUAGAUCCUGUGGAAAUCGAUGACAGCCACAUCAGAGUGAAAGACAGGUUACAAGAGUUGAAGUGUGAGAGCGCUGCGUCCACCAGCGCCAGCACCCCUCAGCCCGUUAACAACACAGUCCACUGUCUGGCUCAGGCUCUCCUCCAGAUCGAACAGGGCAUAGAGCGCAAGUUCCUCAAAGCCCCGUUAGGUGAUGAGGAUUCCAAAAAGGACCAAAAAGUUAAGAAAAAAGACAAGAAAAAGGAUGACGACCAGUCCAGUGAAAAAGAUGAUGGGAGCGAGAGCGGCCGGCAGUGUAAGACAGUACUUGAACGUUGGAGAGAAUCUCUGUUGGCCUGCUCCAGUCUGUCCCAAGUCUUCCUGCAUCUGUCCACCCUGGAACGCAGCGUGGUGUGGGCAAAGUCUAUUCUCAACGCCCGCUGUAAGGUGUGUCGGCGAAAGGGAGAUGCCGAGAACAUGCUGCUUUGUGACGGUUGUGACAGAGGUCAUCACAUCCACUGCGUGCGGCCGAAACUCAAGGCGGUUCCCACUGAGGACUGGCUCUGCCCGGAGUGCCGUCCCAAACAGAGGUCACAUCGUCUCAACUCGCGUCAGCGCUCCUCCGUUGACUCAGAGGAGGAGAUGGAGGUAGAUGAACAAUCAGAGGAGGAAGAAGAGGAGUCAGAGGAGGAGGAAGAGGAGGAGUCUGAGGCAGAGGAGUCAGAAGAGGAGGAGAAGGAGAGGCGAGCUACUGUGAAACUGCCCCUCCAGAAUACUAGAGGAGGUCGCUCAAGCAACAGAUCCUCAGGCAAACAAAAUGAAAGCAGUCAUUCCACGCCUCGUAACCAGACCAGCAGCGCUGGAAAGGGAGGCGCCAAGAACUCAGGGAAAAAACCCACUCCCGUGUCCAACGGGAAAUCUCAACGGCCUGGCGUCAGGUCCAGCGCCCGCCUCAGUUUAGAGGUCCUGGCCUCUAAUGGCCCUUCUGUCAAAUCCAGCAACCAUCCCAGUCCCUCUGCAUCACAGACAGAGUCCCGAAAACGACCUCUCACAGCAGAGGGCUCCCCAAAAGCAAAGGUGGUCUUGGCCCCGACAACCACCUCGUCCAGUCGCCGCAGUUCGGGGAGGAACCUGGGCGUCCACGAGCUCUCGGCCUGCGAGCAGCUGACUGUGGAACUGGUGCGAAACGAGGACAGCUGGCCCUUUAAAAAACUGGUGUCUAGGACCCAGGUUCCUGAUUACUAUGACAUCAUCAAAAAACCCAUCGCUUUGAGCACAAUCAGGGAGAAAGUCAACAACUGUGAAUACAAAACAGCUUCGGAGUACAUUGCAGAUGUUGAGCUUAUGUUCUCUAACUGCCUGGAGUACAACCCUCGCAGCACGAACGAAGCCAAAGCUGGAAUGAGGCUCCAAGCUUUCUUCCAUUCCGAGCUGGAGAAACUUGGACUGGCAGACCGCGUGGCCCCUCCACAGAAACGACCCAGGAAUUAAGCCAGCACCGCUUUUCUCAGGCGUCCAUCAGUUUAGAGACUUAUCUUCAAAGACAAGAGACUCCUUUGUCAAGGCCAGCAUAUAGAUUCACAACAGAGUGAUAACCUCAGUAAACAUUGAAUAAAAUUUCUUAACUAAAUUAAGGCAGAAAUAAACUGGACUGUGAACCUUUUUUUUUUUUUCUUGCACUGUG